AUGUUUAGUGACGAAGAGUGUGACUCCAGCGUCCGCUUGGACGAUUGCCAGCAACCAGGCGAUAGUAUCGACAACCCAACUGAUCUCGAUGCUGCAACUACGGUAGCAUGCAAUACAGGAACCAUCGACAACCUAUCAGACAGACUCCAUCAGAUGGAGUGCGUCAUCGAUGGUAAGAAUGAGUUCCCACCCUAG